CGGGAAAUUUCCUCUCCGAGGGAGCUUGGAGAUCCCGACGACCUGGGUCCCCAUGCAGGCGCCGCAGGUCCUCGGACCAGUGGCUGCCGCUCUCGGAGCAGCAAUUCCCUCCUCGGUGAAACUACAGAGCGUUCGCGGGGAUGCGUUUAUUGAGAUUUGAGAAGCAACACGCCCCGCCUUCUGCUGGCGCGCAGCAAAUGGGCAGCCUCUCCGCCCCUCAGUCUCCGGGUCUGUGAAAUGGGAACCCGGAGGAGAAGGGCGGGGCACUCUGGAAGACCCGGCCGACGGUGAGGGGCGGCAGGCGAGGGGCGCCCCUCCCUCCACCCAGCUCCCGUUUCCCCGCCGGCACCGCCCCCUCCCGGGUUCCGAGGCCGCGAGUCGGCCAGCGCGCAUGCCCGGGGCGGGGCGCGGGGCGGGAGAGCGGACCGGCUCGGGGGACGGCAGCAAGGAGUCCGCGGGUCCACCCGCUAGCCCGGCCCGAGGCAGCCGAGGCCGUUUGGGCGGCGGCAGCGGCUGGAGCCAGAACGUGGCGCGCCGAAGAGCCGGAGCAUCGGCCCCGCGAGAACCAGACAGCAGCCUGCAUUCAAGCAUGGCUAUGAGGGCAGAUGGGCAGUGCUGAAGACCCAGCCUGGUUCCAGCUGCUUCCGACAGACUCCAGCCCCCACAGUCCCUUCUGCUGCCCACAGGAUGGGAGCCUGGGUGCUGGGGGCCCGGCCAUGAGGGACUGCUGCCCCUCCCAGCAAAAGGCCAGUCCUGCAUGCCUCAGGCACACCCUUGACCAAACCCCAGGCAUGGACUCCAGACACAGCAGCCCCAGUGGAGCUGGGGAAGGGGCCUCCUGCUCUGAGGACCCCACUGGGAACUUAGCCUGCCCCUCUGCCACCUGCCUCCCUUCCCAAGAGGAAGCCACCAAGGAGACAUUGGGGUUACAUGGAGCCUUGAUCUCAGGGACACCAGAAACCACUUUGUCUAGGAAGCCAGAGAUUGUGUCCUCACUGAAAACUGAUCCCACGUCCUCAGAGAACAGAAAUCCUGUGUUCCUGGAGAAGAGAGAUUUCAAUUCUUCAAAGCAGGAAGAUUUGGGAUCCAUAGGAAAGAAAGAUGCUGGUUCCACAAGAACGGCAGAGCCUGUGAUGACAGGAAAGGCAGAAUCUGCAGCCUCUGGAAAGGGGGAUCCUGUGCCUCCUGGAAGGAUGGAUUACAUGACUCCAAGAAAGGAAGAUCUUGAAUCCUUGGGAAAAGUAGAUCCUGUGUGCUCCAGCAAGGUUGACACAGUGUCCCCAAAGGAGGAUCCUGGGUCUUUGAGAAAGGUGGAUCCUGUUUCCUCAGGCAAAGUGGAUCCCAUGUUCCCCAAAAAGGAGGAGCCUGAGUGUCAUAGAAAAGAGCACCUUGUGUUCUCAGAAAAGGUGGGCUCUGCAUCCACAGAAAAGAUAGAUCCUGGGCCCUCAGGCAAGGUGAAUCCUGUAUCCUUGAGAAGCACGGAUCCCACACCCACAGAAAAAUCAGAUCCUGGGCUCUUGGGAAAGCUGACUCCAGGGGUAUCAGGCAAGACUGAGCCUAUAUUCUCUGGAUUAGGGACUCCUGGGUCCUUGGGAAGGCUGAAUCCUACAUGCUCAGGGAUGGCAGAUCCUGCAUCUGUGGAAAGUGCAGAAAUGGUGUCCUUGGCAAAAGAGGACCCUCAGUUCCUGGCAAAGACAGACCCUGCCUCCUCAGGGGAGGGGCAUCCUGUGUCUGUGAGAAUGACAAAAACAGUGUCUGCUGGCCCAGUGGAUCCCAUGUUUUCAGGAAAGAUAGAUCCCACAUCUGUGGAAAGUACUGUUCCUGUGUCUCUAGGCAAGAUGGAUCCAGUUUCCUUGGAAAAGGUGGAUCCCAUGUCCUCAGGAAAGCCAGAGCCCUUGUCUUCUGGGCAGGCAGAACAUGUGUCUAUGGGAAAGACAGUAACUGUGUCUUUAGGAAAAGAGGACCUGGUGUCUUCCAGAGGGGUGGAUCCCACAACCGAGAGAAACACAAAAAUACCAUCUUCUGAAAAAGUGAAUCCUGCAUCUUCAGGCAAGACAGACCCUGCGUCCUCAGGUCCAGGGGACCCCAGGUCCUUGGAAACAGGGGUUCCUCCAUCUGCAGUAAAAGCUGAGGCCGUGACUGAGGAAAAAGGAGAUUCAUGGUCCUUGGAGAAGGCAGGUCCUACAGUCUCAAGGAAAGCUGAUCCCCUGGUUUUAGGCAAUGUGGACCCUGUGAGCAGGGGAAAGACAGAAACUGCCCCCUCUAGAGAAGUGGACUCCAUGUCUUUAGGAAAGUCCCCCAUGACUUAUAGCAAAACAGGUAUGGUGUCCCCUGGGAAAGCAGAUCCCAUGGACUGCGGUAAAGCAGAAGCCAUCCCAGAGGGAAAGGUGGAUCCUCCGUCCCUGGAGAAGGGGAAUCCUGUGAACUCCACAAAGAAGGAAACCAAGGCCUUGGGGAAAGUUGAGCCCAAGUCUGGGGGCAAGGCAGAAGCAAAGCUCCCUGGGCAAGAGUGUGCCACAUCGUCAGAAAAAGCAGAAGGGUUGUUUUUGCAAAAGGAGCAGCCACAGACCUCUGAGAAAGUAGAUCUGGGAUCCUCAGGAAAAGCAGAUCCCAUUGUGUCUGGGAACGUGGAGCCUGUGUUUCAGGCCGACUCUGCAUCUCCAAGAAAAGCUGAGUCCCCAUCCUCUGGAAAGGGGUUUUCCAUUCCGAAGAAGACCGAGUCCUCCUCUUCCAGGCAAUCAGAUGGCAAACCCUGCAGUUCAGCCCCAUCUCCCCAAGGUCGUCCUGGGAGCUUGGAGAGCAGUGUGGAGCCAGAGGCCGCCCCCAACGCUAAGACCCCCAGCCUCUGCCAGAAAGACCUGGUGGCCACUGAGGCCGAAAAAAGCCCCCAUGCAGAGGCCGCAGCGCCCCAGCCGGGACCACGGACUCGCGACAACUUCACCAAAGCGCCGUCGUGGGACGCAAGCGCCCCGCCACCG